CCGGUGGAAGGGAAGAAGGGGCAUACACUCAGAGCUUUGCAGCUGAGGGUUUUAAUUUUUUGAGAUGGGGUCUCACUCUGUCCACCAGGCUGGAGUGCAGUGGCACAAUCACAGCUCACUGCAGCCUCGAACUCCUGGGCUCGAGCAAUCUUCCUACCUCGGCCUUUUGAGUAGCUGGGACUACAGGCAUGCGCCACCAUACCCGGCUAAUUUUUGAAUUUUUUUGUAGAGAUGAGGGGUCCCUAUGUGCCCAGGCUGGUCUCGAACUCCCAGGCUCAAGUGAUCCUCCCUCCUCAGCUUCCCAAAGCGCUGCUGGGAUUACAGGCAUGAGCCACCAUGCCUGGCUAAUGCAGGUGAGGUUUUUAGUGUCGUCCAGCUAAGGCGACCCCUUCCCCUUGCAAAAAAGGGAGACUGAGAACAAUCAAAUUAAGAGCCCAGAGAAUAUCAGGGUGGUCUGGGGUGUUUCAAGGGCUGGUCUGAAAGAAAUUGGAGGUGAAAUGCAGGGUAGGAGUGCGGGGCCAACUGGCAGGCCCCAGCAACAUAAAGGAAAAGUUGUUGGGGCUGAGGAGGCUUGCUAAGAGAAGGCAAGUGAGGGAAAGAGGUGAUCUAGGGACAUGGUGUGAAUGAGGCGGGGAUGAGAUCACAGGGUUAUUACUGGGAGACCCCUGAGGGAAGAAGGCCACAGGGACAGGACGAGCCUGUCUUCUUAAGGGAGGAGACCACCCCUCAUAUUGUCUUAUGCCCAAUUUCUGCCUCCAAAGAAAGAAAAAGUAAAAACUAAAAGGCAGAAAUGAAAUCCACAAGCGGACAGCCCGGCGCCACACCCUGCGCCUGGUAGCUAAAGAUCGACCCCUGACCUAAUUGGUUAUGUUAUCUAUAGAUUACAGACACUGUAUAGAAAAGCACUGUGAAAAUCCCUAUUCUGUUUUGUUCCGAUCUAAUCACCGGUGCAUGCAGCCCGCAGUCAUGCAGCCCCCAGUCACGCAUCCCCUGCUUUCUCAGUCGAUCACAACCCUCUCACGUGCACCCAUUUAGAGUUGUGAGCCCUUAACAGGGACAAGAAUUGCUCACUCAGGGAGCUCGGCUCUUGAGACAGGAGUCUUGCUGAUGCCCCCGGCCAAAUAAACCCCUUCCUUCUUUAACUCGGUGUCUGAGGAAUUUUGUCUGCGGCUCUCCCGCUACAUUCUGAGUGGGGAAAGGGGCUAUGGUAGUCCGAGGACCCCACAGAGUCAGGAAGAUUGAGAGAGUGUCCCUCCGGCCCCGCCAUGAGGCUCUUCCUGUCGCUCCCGGUCCUGGUGGUGGUUCUGUCGAUGGUCUUGGAAGGCCCAGCCCCAGCCCAGGGGGCCCCGGACGUCUCCAGCGCCUUGGAUAAGCUGAAGGAGUUUGGAAACACCCUGGAGGACAAGGCUCGGGAAGUCAUCAACCGCAUCAAACACAGUGAACUUUCUCACAAGAUGCGGGAUUGGUUUUCAGAGACAUUUCAGAAAGUGAAGGAGAAACUCAAGAUUAACACAUGAGCAUCUGAAUGUGACAUCCCAGGAGGGGGCUCUGAAAUUUCCCACACCCCAGCGUCUGUGCUGAGGACGCCCUCCAUGUGGCCCCCAGGUGCCACCAAUAAAAAUCCUAUAGAAAAUUC